AUGGAAAGCCAAAAAGGCCAUAAAAAAUUUCAAACGGCGAUAUUAUUUCUUGAAUAUGGUGCUAGGCCAAUCGAAUUAUCAAACGAUAUGAAGGUGCCGUCUUCAUUUCGUUCAUUUCUCGAUCGUAUUUCUAAAAAAUUUGCCUCACUUCGAAUUCUUUCAGUGCCUCGACAUUACAUAUCUCAUGAUAUCGCAAAAGGCAAUGAAAAAGUACCGAUACCAGUGAUUGGUAAUAUUUUAGGCGAUUCAUUUCCACUGGAUUUUGAAUACACUCCAUAUGCAUGUUCUUGUUUAAAUUUUUGCCAAAGUGGCUGUCCAUGCAUUUCUAGAAGCAUUUAUAAUGCAAACGGUCGCCUUAGUGACGAAGUGAUUGCACUUGCAGAUACAUCAAAUUUGGGGGUUAUUAUCGAAUGUAAUUCGAGUUGUUUUUGUUCAUCUAGCUGCAAAUCGAAAAUUGCUCAACGCGGUAUUCGUCAUCGUCUAGAAAUUUUUCGUUCAUCGAAAUAUGGUUGGGCUGUUAGAAGCGCUGUUCCGAUUUCGAAAGGUGAUUUUAUUUGUGAAUAUACUGGCGAAUUAAUAUCAAAUGAGGAAGCUGAUCGCCGAGAAGUUGAUACCUAUUUAUUCGAAAUCGUCGAAAAUUCCAUAAUUUAUUGCAUAGAUGCUCGAAAUAAAGGUAAUGUUGCUCGUUUCGUAAAUCAUAGUUGUGACGCGAAUCUUCUUGUGCUGAAAGUUGUUUGGGAUGCGAAUGUUCGACACUUCCCGCAUAUAUGUUUCUUUGCCAAGCGAGAUAUUCAAAAGGCAAUGUUUAUCACUAUAACUAUUCUACAGGGUGAAGAACUUACAAUCGAUUAUGGCAGACAAUGGUGGGACGUUAAGCGCAAAUAUUUCUCUUGCCUUUGUGGUUCGAGUGCUUGCCGUUACCGAGAAACGCUCAGUGAUCAGGAAUCGAACCAAAACUUAAUUUUUCCUUAUUAG